AUGUCUCACGAACAACCCUAUGACCCCUAUAUUCCCUCUGGCUCCAACGGAGCGCCUGCCUCCGGUGGAGGCAACGCGCAGAAUGGCAACCAGCGAACGGCCGCAUUGCAAGCGCAAAUCGACGACACCGUCGGUGUCAUGCGCGAAAACAUCAACAAGGUUUCGCAGCGUGGCGAGCGCUUGGACUCGCUCCAAGAUAAGACCGACAACCUGGCCGUGUCGGCUCAGGGGUUCCGUCACGGCGCCAAUCGCGUGCGCAAGCAGAUGUGGUGGAAGGAUAUGAAGAUGCGCGUAUGCCUGGCCAUUUGCGUGAUUCUUCUUCUCAUCGUGAUUAUCGUGCCAGUUGUCCUUACCACCAAGAAAUAG